AGAAGCUGUAACUGCAUUUUUGGCCGUAAUGUCUGGACGCGGAAAGCAGGGAGGCAAAGCUCGCGCCAAGGCCAAGUCGCGCUCGUCCCGCGCCGGCCUGCAGUUCCCGGUGGGCCGAGUGCACCGCCUGCUGCGCAAGGGCAACUACGCCGAGCGGGUGGGGGCCGGCGCGCCGGUGUACCUGGCGGCGGUGCUGGAGUACCUGACGGCGGAAAUCCUGGAGCUGGCGGGGAACGCGGCCCGCGACAACAAGAAGACGCGCAUCAUCCCUCGCCAUUUGCAGCUAGCCGUGAGAAAUGACGAAGAGCUCAACAAGUUACUCGGGGGUGUCACCAUAGCCCAGGGCGGCGUCUUGCCCAAUAUACAGGCGGUCUUGUUGCCCAAGAAAACGGAGAGUCACAAGCCUGGCAAGAACAAGUAAUUAGGAAGCUUGAGACCAUCCCCACUAACCC